AUGCAGCUUCCUCACUACAUCAUGCAGCUUCCUCUCUUCAACAAAGUGCUUCCUCUCUUCUUCAAAGUGCUUCCUCUCUUCAACAAAGUGCUUCCUCUCUUCAUCAUGCAGCUUCCUCUCUUCAUCAAGAUGCUUCCUCUCUUCUUCAAAGUGCUUCCUCUCUUGAUCAAGGUGCUUCCUCACUACAUCAAGAUGCUUCCUCUCUUCUUCAAAGUGCUUCCUCUCUUCAACAAAGUGCUUCCUCUCUUCAUCAUGCAGCUUCCUCUCUUCUUCAAAGUGCUUCCUCUCUUCAACAAAGUGCUUCCUCUCUUCAUCAUGCAGCUUCCUCACUACAUCAUGCAGCUUCCUCUCUAA